AUGAAAUUUGUUGUCUUAAUUGUUCUGUUCGCAUUCGGUGCUCAGAGCUUCGAAAACCCAGCAGAAUCUGGACUUGCUGCAGACACAACCCUAGUGAACCCAUUUAAAGCCGUUGGAAACUUCACCUUGGGAGUUGCACAAGGACUUCAAAGCAAACUCACCCCACUCUCAGCCUGCUACAACAACACUGCCAAACUUCACCCUGCUUUUGAAGCAGUCUCCCAAAUGGUCGUCAAGUGCGCAUUUUUCAAUUUUACAGCCUGCAACGACGUUCCAGCUGUUCUAACCCUAUUCAACACUCAAUUCGAAACAGUUUCCAACUCCUGCAAACUCCCUAUUUUGAUCGAAAAGAUUGAGGCCCUUUCAGACCCACAAACUUUCAGUGAGAUUAUGGUCAGAUAUUUCACCCACAAAUCAGCAAUCUCUACAGAUCUCGACCAAAUGACCAACGCAUUCAAGAACAAGCAAUACAUCAUUGCUGGCCAAAACUUCGGUGCCAUUGUCCGCAUGAUGCUCAGCUUCACAGUAAGUUAA